AUGGGAAGUUGGGAAGGAAGAUUGGUGAGUGAAUUGAGAGCUUUCGAAUUGGAGAAUAGUAGUGAGAUGGCUCAUAGAACUGCAGAUAAAGAAGAUUUUCUUAACCACAGAUGGGAUGAAGGAAUUGAAUCAAACAAUGAAGUAUAUGAAAGAUUGACAGGAUAUUUGAAAGAAAUUGUUUCAGAAAAACAACUUUAUGGAGACAGAAUUCUUGUUGUUACACACGGUGGUGUAUUGAACUCAAUCAUGUAUACUUUUAAUUAUACAAAGGGUUAUCGUUGGAAGGUUUCUAAUUGUGCUUGGUUGAAAAUAAGGAUAUCUGAAAAUGGAAAUAUUGAAUUAGUUGAAUAUAACAAUAUUGAAUUGGAAAAUAGUACCAAUUAA